GGCGCUCCGGGCAAAGCGCGGGGCACAGCCCCGGGGGACGACCGCGGCGGACGCGUCGCAGCUGACCGCUCCUCGCAGGACCACACGCGCCGCGGACGCUGCGAGGACCGGCCGGACGCCGACGACGACCAGGCGCUCGCCUCCUGCGGAGACUCGACGAGCACGACGGCGACGCGACGCGAGCGUCCACGACGUCCGCGCCUUGCGAGGGGCGGAGAGGAGGGGGCGGCCCUCACCGGCGGCCUAUAUAUGAAAGAUGGCGGCGCCUCGACACCACCCGACGAAUAGCCAAUGAGGGCUGACCCUUGGAAUGCGCCGUCUUCAACGCGGGAAAUUCGGCUAGCCGACAGGAGAAGGGAGGGAGCGACCAGCCUGCUGCGGGACGGCGGCCGUGGCCGGCGGCGGCGGCGACCACCGCUGGACAGAUGUCCUGACCGAGAGCCGUUGGACACCGAGCCACCUGGGCUGUCGCCGGCGGCCAGAGAGGAAACAGAGCGAGGGGAGGAGGAGGGAAGCGGAGGAACAGCGGCCCGAGACGAGCCCCACCCGCGGUGCCCUGGUCACUGGGCCGAAGGCGGGCGUCCUUGGUCGAGGCCGUUGUCCGACGCGGCUUCCCUCAUGCACCGACGCCGCUCCAGAGGCGCACAAGGGGGUUUCCUGCAGGCGCGGUGUCAGUACGACGCCUGGGGAACUCCUAUUGUAACUCUUGAGGAAAUUCUAUCUGCGUGUUUCCUCGUGUGUGUAUGUCGCCGCUACAACGACCCGAGUCUUCUGUCCUGGAUCGCGUUAGAUCAACUGGCAUCCGCUGCAAACAUACUUGGGAGGUAGCUACAUGCACCGCUGGCUGGGAGAGCAACGCAAGUGACUGCUGUAGUUAGAGACAUACCUCGGUGACCCCACUUCGAGUUCUGCUCGGUGCCCUGUUACUAGACAGGAUGUGCAACUCCAGUUGUGCGUGCCAUUACAGAGGUUUUAUUUUAUCCCUUCUCUCUCUCUCUCUCUCUCUCUGUUCAUCCUGUUCCCCUUUCACCCUGUGCAGGGUAGCAAAUCGGACGUGCUUCUGGUUGACACCUCUGCACUUUCUUCCCCUUUCUUUUGACAGUCAACUGACGCAUUAGACUAGCGCAGCUGGCUGCUCUGCACUGACUCUGCAAUGAUUCAUGAGAGACCACGCAUACUGUGUGCGAUGUGCCUUGUCGCCGCUCUGCGUGACCAUCGGUGUGAUACACUGUGACAUCAGCCUCGCGACACGGAGCAGCCGCGGUACAUAUUUUGCAGAUACCCUUUUUGUGAACGAACUACUCCGCAACGUGAGGCGAAAUCAAGACAGCAGAGAAUCAAAUCGACAAUGUACAUUUUACGAUACCAGUGUCACCGGUAAUAGAGCAGGAAAAAAUUCAUAAAGCAAAAAAAAAAAAAAAAACGAAGAAAAAUGCAAGUGCUGUGAUCUUUCACCAUUACUUCUUCCAUGACCGUCUUCGUUGUUAGAAGGUAA